GUCAAUAUAACGUAUUGAAGUGAAGUGAUAAAUAAGGCUGGCAUGAUAAAUUAUUAUCUGUGUUUGGGUCAAUCUAAGUUUUUAAAGUGGGCACAUAUGUUUAAUGGGCUGAUUACGCGUGUGUUUUGAUUUAAAACAAUAUAAUGUAUUUCAAAAUGUUAACUAAUUGCUUUUGUAGAUUUAAUUACCUUUAUAUAAGUAAAAGGAUUAUUCAUAUGAGUUAUACAGCCUGCAAUACUUCUUCUAACCAAACUUUAUCUCAUAUCUUCAUUGGUCGUACAGAUAGAUUCAACGGUAUAAUAGUAGAUUCAACAGUAGAAAAAAUGGAUGAUCAGAGUGAAUUUGCUCAAAAACUUCAUGAGUCUCUGGCUAAAUGGGCUGAACAAAAAAGAAGAUGUAUCUGGUUUAAAGUGAACAUAAAGAACUCCACACAAGUUCCAAUUCUUGCUCAAAAAGGUUUUAAUUUCCACCAUGCCAGAGAUGACUAUGUGAUGAUGUUCAAAUGGCUGCCACUGGAAUCUAAGCCCAACUUGCCUCCUGCCAGUCAUACAAAUCUAGGAGUUGGUGCCAUUGUGCUUAAUAGCAUGAAGCAGCUAUUGGUGGUCUCUGAAAAACAUUAUGAUUAUCCUCACUGGAAACUCCCGGGUGGUUAUGUUGAAAGAGGUGAAGAUAUCAUAGAUGCAGCUGUAAGAGAGGUAAAAGAAGAGACAGGAGUUGAUGCUGCUUUUCAAUCUCUAGUUACCUUCAGACACAUACACAACAUGAUGUUUGGCAACUCCGACAUUUAUAUAUUACUUAUGAUGAAUGCUUUAUCUGAUAAAAUAAUAAUGUCUGAAACAGAAGUAACUGACUGUAAAUGGAUGAGUAUAGAUGAAUAUACAAAUCAUCCGAAUGUUUCUGAAUUUAAUAGACUUGUUCUAAAGAAAGCGCUCCAGUACAAAAACAGUAAAUUCAAAAUGGAUUUCCAAAAGAAGAAUUUUAAAUGGCCUUCAUUUGUGAGAGAAAUAAAUUUUUUAAAUGUGGAAUUUCAAUCUGAUAAGUAAUAGGGAUGGCACGUAGUAAUCUGUCCAGAAAUAACGAUAUUAAAACCAAAGUUUACUGUAAGUAUGUUUUAUUUAAAUAAUAUUGUACAUAAUUUGUAUAUAUUUUUUGCAGUUGUGUACAUACAGUGAUAAAUUUCAUCUUAUUUUUUGUAAAAUAAAACUUGUAUUUGUUG